AGGAAUAUGUGUUGAGCCUGCCUAGAGAACAGCAUUUGCUUCUAGCCAAGAUCUCAUCACAAACUAUUCAUCUGACAGAUUCCCAGAGUAAUGUGGGCCAUGGAACCAGGCCAUCUCAUCUGGACUCUGUUCUUGAUGCAACCUUUGUGGCCCCAUCCAAGUGAUGGGGCCACUCGAGUUUACUACUUGGCUAUCCAGGAUGUGCAGUGGAACUAUGCUCCCAAGGGAAGGAACAUCAUCAGGAACCAGACUCUGGAUGACGACACAGUAGCUUCCAGCUUCCUAAAAUCUGACAAGAACCGGAUAGGGAGCAGUUACAAGAAAACCAUUUACAAGGAAUACAGAGAUGGCUCAUACAUGGAUGAAAUGGUCCAGCCAGCUUGGUUGGGUUUCUUGGGACCAGUGUUGCAGGCUGAGGUGGGAGAUGUCAUCCUUAUCCACUUGAAGAAUUUUGCCUCUCGCCCCUACACCAUACACCCCCAUGGCGUUUUCUAUGAAAAGGACUCAGAAGGCUCUUUAUACCCAGAUGGCUCCUCUGGUCGGUUAAAAGCUGAUGACUCUGUUCCUCCGGGAGGCAGUCACAUUUACAACUGGACCAUUCCAGAAGGACAUGCACCCACUGAUGCUGACCCAGCAUGCCUCACCUGGAUCUACCAUUCUCAUGUAGAUGCUCCACGAGACAUUGCAACUGGCCUCAUUGGACCCCUUAUCACAUGUAAAAGAGGUACUCUAGAUGAGAAUUCCCCUCGACAGCGGAAGGAUGUGGAUAAUGAUUUCUUCCUGUUCUUCAGUGUGGUAGAUGAGAACCUUAGCUGGCAUAUUGAUGAGAACAUUGUCACUUACUGCUCAGAUCCUACCUCAGUAGACAAAGAAGAUGCAGCCUUUCAGGAAAGCAAUAGGAUGCACGCAAUCAAUGGCUUUGUCUUUGGGAACUUACCAGAUCUAAGCAUGUGUACACAGAAGCGUGUGGCAUGGCACUUAUUUGGCAUGGGCAAUGAAGUAGAUGUCCACACAGCUUUCUUUCACGGGCAGAUACUGACCAUCCGGGGCCACCGCACUGAUGUGGCUCACAUCUUUCCAGCCACCUUUGUGACUGCUGAGAUGGUGCCUCAGGAACCUGGCACAUGGUUGAUUAGCUGUCAAGUGAACAGUCACUUGCAAGAUGGCAUGCAAGCACUCUACAAGGUCAAAUCUUGCUCCACGACCCCUCCUAUGAACCAACUCACAGGCAAAGUUCGGCAGUACUUCAUUGAGGCCCAUGAGAUUCUAUGGAACUAUGGCCCAAUGGGGCAUGAUGGGAGUACUGGGAAGAAUUUGAGGGAACCGGGCAGUGGCUCAGAUAAAUUCUUCCAGAAGAGUUCCAGUCGGAUUGGGGGCACUUACUGGAAAGUCCGAUAUGAAGCCUUCCAAGAUGAGACAUUCCAGGAAAAGGUGGAGCUGGAGGAAAAUAAGCAUCUUGGAAUCCUGGGGCCAGUGAUCCGGGCUGAGGUUGGUGACACCAUCCAGGUCGUCUUUUACAACCGUGCUUCCCAGCCAUUCAGUAUACAGCCUCAUGGAGUCUUCUAUGAGAAAGACUACGAGGGAACUGUGUACAAUGAUGGCUCAUCCUACCCUGGCUUGGUGGCCAAGCCCUUUGAGAAAGUAACAUACCGCUGGACAGUCCCCUCCCAUGCUGGCCCUACUGCUCAGGAUCCUGCCUGUCUCACCUGGAUGUACUUCUCUGCUGCAGAUCCCAUAAGAGACACAAAUUCUGGUCUGGUGGGUCCCCUGUUGGUGUGCAAGACUGGUGCAUUGGGUGCAGAUGGCAAACAGAAAGGGGUGGAUAAGGAAUUUUUUCUCCUUUUUACUGUGUUGGAUGAGAACAAGAGCUGGUACAGCAAUGCCAAUCAAGCAGCUGCUAUGUUGGAUUCACUACUGCUCUCAGAGGAUGUCAAGGGUUUCCAAGACUCCAAUCGGAUGCAUGCCAUUAAUGGGUUUCUGUUCUCUAACUUGCCCAACCUGGACAUGUGCAAGGGUGACACAGUGGCCUGGCACCUGCUUGGCCUGGGCACAGAAACUGAUGUGCAUGGGGUCAUGUUCCAGGGCAACACUGUGAAGCUUCAGGGCAUGAGGAAGAGUGCAGCCAUGCUCUUUCCUCAUACCUUUGUCAUGGCCAUCAUGCAGCCUGACAACCCUGGGAUGUUUGAAAUUUACUGCCAGGCAGGCAGCCAUAGAGAAUCGGGGAUGAAAGCAGUCUAUAAUGUCUCCCAGUGUCCUGUUCAUCAAGCUGAUGAUCACCAACGGUACCAGGCUGCAAGAAUCUACUACAUCAUGGCAGAAGAGGUGGAGUGGGACUAUUGUCCUGACAGGAGCUGGGAACUGGAAUGGCACAAUCAGUCUGAGGAGGAAAGUUAUGGUCACAUCUUUCUGAGUAACCAGAAUGGGCUCCUGGGUUCCAGAUACAAGAAAGCUGUAUUCAGAGAAUACACUGAUGCUACAUUUAAGAUCCCUCGGCCACGGACUGGAUCAGAGGAACACUUGGGAAUAUUAGGUCCACUUCUGAAAGGAGAGGUUGGUGAUAUCUUAACUGUGGUGUUCAAGAAUAACGCCAGCCGUCCCUACUCUGUUCAUGCCCAUGGAGUGCUAGAAUCUAGCACUGGAUGGCCACUGGCUGCUGCACCUGGUGAGGUUCUCACUUACCAAUGGAACAUCCCAGAAAGAUCUGGCCCAGGGCCCAAUGAUUCUGCUUGUGUUUCCUGGAUCUAUUAUUCUGCAGUGGAUCCCAUCAAGGACAUGUAUAGUGGCCUGAUUGGACCCUUGACCAUCUGCCAAAAGGGCACCCUGGAACCUUAUGGAGGCCGGAAUGACAUGGACAGAGAAUUUGCCUUGUUAUUCUUGAUCUUUGAUGAGAACCAGUCUUGGUAUCUGGAGGAGAAUAUAGCAGCCCAUGGGCCCCAAGAGCCAGGCCAUGUUAACCUACAAGAUGAGACUUUUCUGGAGAGCAAUAAAAUGCAUGCCAUUAAUGGAAAGCUCUACAGCAACCUCAGGGGUCUUACCAUGUACCAAGGAGAACGAGUGGCCUGGUACAUGCUGGCCAUGGGCCAAGAUAUUGACCUACACACAGUCCACUUCCAUGCAGAGAGCUUCUUAUAUCGGAAUGGAGAGAGCUACCGGGCAGAUGUGGUGGAUCUGUUCCCAGGAACCUUUGAGGUUGUGGAGAUGGUAGCCAGCAACCCCGGGACAUGGCUGAUGCACUGUCAUGUUUCUGAUCAUGUCCAUGCUGGUAUGGAGACCCUCUUUACUGUCUUGUCCCAAAGAGAACACAUAAGCACUAUUACCACCAUUACCAAAGAGACUGGAAACGAAAAAGUCCUCAGAGACAUUGGAGAAGGAAAUGUGAGGAUGCUGGGCAUGAAGAUCCCUGUAAAGAAUAUUGAGAUACUGGCUUCUGUUUUAAUUGGUAUGAAUGUCAUUCUCCUGUUCAUUGCUCUGGCUCUUAGUGGUGUGGUCUGGUACCAGUAUCGUCAAAGAAAGCUACGACGCAACAGAAGGUCCAUCCUGGAUGACAGCUUCAAGCUUCUGUCCCUCAAGCAGUAACACUGAAUCCUGCAAUGAUACAUCCUGAAUGCAGUCCCAGAAGGCCAUGUUCUAGUAACUGACCCUACUGUCAAAGGGACAUGGGAGGUAGAGGAGCAGAGGAUGGAAUCAAAAUCAUCUGGCAUUUCUUCACUUAUUUAUUUACAUGGAAGUUAUGUACUUUCUCUUUAUUAUUUUUUCUCCACAUGGGCAGCUGGGGCAAUGAAUUUCCCUUGUAUCUUAUAUCACAAAUUUCAACAGCUGGUAUAUAUCAACCACUGACACUUGGAAGAUCUGGAAAUUCCCAAUAACUGAUUCUUCUUACAAAGUAGAUACCAAGGGUAAAACUCAUUGAUUAAGUUUCUGUUACUUUUCAUGGUCUAGGCAAGUUCACUCUGAUCCAAGGCUAAGUGAGCUGCAAAGAUAAUCCACUUCUAAACUAAGGACUAAGAAAAUAGGCAUACUGAAAAAUGGAUGGGGUGGUAUUUGAAGAUAAAAAUUUUAUUUUGAUUUUCCUUAAGAAUAAAAACUAUUUGGGGUAGAUAGAAUAUUGUUGCUAUUAGUACCUGCAACCCCUGGUGCCAGAAGUUCCUCAGGAAGUCCUCCAAGUUUCUGGCACAGUUACAAUAAAGGCAAUGUUGGGUGUCCUUUCCCUAUUUUAGGCAACAAAUCCUGUACAUCCAAGUACUUGAUGGAAGACUAUAAGAGUGAACAUGGUGAUUUAAAGGAUCCCUGUGGCCUCUGGGUGUUUGUGACUGUGAUGGAAACAGAACUCACUGGGAGAGUAUAAUAUGGGUUUGAUUACCCUGUUUGUGGAGUUUGCAUGUUUGUGUUUUGGAAAUGAAAAAGCUGUCUUAAUCAGAGUGGUUGGUACCAUCUUUUAACCCAUAAGUACCAAAAUACUUUUUAAUUAUAAAAAUAUUAUCCAGAGGGAAAUAGGGGGCUUAAACCUGUCCACUGGGCAGGGAGAGGUGAUCACAGAUCUCAUGGACU